GAUUUUGCGGAGCGAAGCCGCGAUCGGAGGAGGCAGGGCGACCGGUGUCAGCUGGGUCCGUCUGACGUCAUUCCCUCUCUUUUUUUAAGCCGAUCUUUCCUUUUGUUUUUCAUCACUGCCGCAAAUGACACCACGGGACGCGGAGCGCAGUGGAGCGCAGAAAGAGGGAGAGAGAGACGCACCGAGAGGGAUAGAUAAGACAGGGAGUUGGGGAGGGAAAAUGUCCAUCAAGGCGAGAGAAAUCGGAUGUACGAGCUGAGGCGCUGAUGUGUUGGAUGAGUGACUCAUCCUUCUACCCCCGCGAUUUCUUUUUGAGGUCAGCGUGGGCCCUCCAGGCUCGGCCAGACGGAUGUCACAGCCUCCUGCUUCUGAAGGGAAUGGAGACCUCCUUCUGAGGGCGAGACACAGAAUGUGCAUGUGAAAAAUGCACCUCCACCGUGACGAGAAGAGCUAGCAGAGAACGCCAGAGGCAUUUCUCAAUAGGACCUGGCUUUGAUUUCCUAUCGCCUUAAAGAUGUCCCACUAGCGAGACGAGGAAAGAGGCCUCUGAGGGUUAAAAGCACUUUGUACUUUUUGAGGAGCUGCUGUUUUACGCUAUUAUUCAUUUUAUCGCGCCCCAGGUAGAGGGGUCUUCAGCUAGCGGCUGAGCUGUGUCGCUCCAUCUGGUAGAUUGCAAUUAAAAGCAGCUAUAUUUGGAAAGUUAUCAGAGUGCUUUGUGUGUGUGCAUGUGCGUAUGUGUCUCUCCUCUGAAGAAUUACAGCAAUUAACAGUUUCUGAAUUUUGCACAUUUUAAUGACAGGGAAAGUAUAAAACCGGUCGCUUUUGAAAAUUCGUAGAUUUUUGGCGGUGUUUUGUUUCGGGUCUGACGCUCGUCACGCUUCACCCAAGAAACGGGCAUGUCGUGGGCCGUGGAAAUCCGAGCAGCUAAUUAUUAAAGGGAUUACCGUGGGGCCCGGAUAUUUCCAAAAGGCUAUGCAAAUGUGAGGUGUCUCGUUAAUCAAAGGCGUUAGGACUGACACAGUAGCGUUCAGGGAAAGUACAUCCUUCACCAUCCCUCUGAAGUAUUUUUUAAUUGUCGGUCAUUCUAAUAAUAAUAAUAAUAAUAGGCUUAACAAAUCACCUUCUUGCAGGGGUUUCUGGGAAAAUUGACACAUCUUUCUUUACCCAUAACCUCUCAUCCAGUUAAAGUUCCGGUGCCCCAGUACUCACCCUACAAACAUACCCCCCCCCGCACACAAAAACAGAAGGACGACUCAAGGUCAUCAGUCAAGCCGUUAUGCAUGCUGAGUGGUUAAAUCACAUAACAGCAGGGAGCACGUGAGGAACGCCAGGCCAGCAGGUCAAAGGUCAUGCCAAUGCCUGGUCGCCUACUUGUGUUUUUCACAAUGAAGCUACCUUGCGUUCGCAGGUCAAGUGUAAAACAUGAGGCCCAGAGCUUGCAUGGUGACACCAACCACUACAGGUACCUUUAGGGGCUGAUUUCAUGAUAGCAAAGAUGAAGAGACAAAAUAUCAUUGUUGCCAGAUUAGCAGAUGUGUUUUUAUUUUGUGAGAUUCUGGAAAAUUCUCCAGCCAGAGGGACAGCACACCCAGUAAUGCUAAACGGGUUCAAGCGCAGUGGAGGGAAACACGAAGCAGCGCUUCCGUUAAUCAUUUCGCCGUUUAGCUGACACUUUAUCCUGGUGGCCUCCGUCUAUAUAUAAGCUCCUGCUCAUUUGUACAGCUGGGUGUUUUACGGCAGCCCUGUAGGUUAAUCAUUUUGCUCAAGGCUACUACAGUAGUGCCUUUCCUGGUAUCCGAACCCAGCAACGGCCUUCGGCCUGCGAGCCUACUCACUCGCUGGCCCUGAGCCAUUCGAAUCCCGCCGAGGAUGAAAUGAAGCACUACUUUCUGUAACAUUUUAUUUAUACACCCAUAGCUGUCACCGAGAACAAAAAUAGGUCCAUAAUGGUGUGAGAGUAUUUCAUAGAUUGUUUCAUUCAGGUUUGGUCCUCAGCUGUGGCACCUGGUCGUAUUGGUUGAACAUCCGCAGAGCUGAAUGUCAGAAAACGGUAUCUCACACCUAAACACCAGAACUGAAGCCACGAAGUCCAGCCAGGUUUUAGCUGAUACCAUGGCAGCGACUCGAUGUCCGACCUCUGGCAGGAAAGCUCGGGAGAUCCACCUGGCACUACUGGUUCUAGCAGAUGCCACAAGGGCAAAGGCACUGGUGCCUGCCUGUCCCCAUCAGUGUCAGUCGGUGUCUGCCUGUGCCCGUCAGCGCCAGUCGGUGCCUGCCUGUCCCCAUCAGUGUCAGUCGGUGUCUGCCUGUGCCCGUCAGCGCCAGUCGGUGCCUGCCUGUCCCCAUCAGUGUCAGUCGGUGUCUGCCUGUGCCCGUCAGCGCCAGUCGGUGCCUGCCUGUCCCCGUCAGUGCGAGUCGGUGUCUGCCUGUGCCCGUCAGCGCCAGUUGGUGCCUGCCUGUCCCCGUCAGUGCCAGUCGGUGCCUGCCUGUGCCCGUCAGUGCGAGUCCGUGCCUGCCUGUCCCCGUCAGCGCCAGUCGGUGCCUGCCUGUGCCCGUCAGUGCCAGUCGGUGCCUGCCUGUGCCCGUCAGUGCCAGUCGGUGCCUGCCUGUGCCCGUCAGCGCCAGUCGGUGCCUGCCUGUCCCCGUCAGCGCCAGUCGGUGCCUGCCUGUGCCCGUCAGCGCCAGUCGGUGCCUGCCUGUCCCCGUCAGCGCCAGUCGGUGCCUGCCUGUGCCCGUCAGCGCCAGUCGGUGCCUGCCUGUGCCCGUCAGUGCCAGUCGGUGCCUGCCUGUCCCCGUCAGUGCCAGUCGGUGCCUGCCUGUGCCCAUCAGCGCCAGUCGGUGCCUGCCUGUCCCCGUCAGUGCGAGUCGGUGCCUGCCUGUGCCCGUCAGCGCCAGUCGGUGCCUGCCUGUGCCCGUCAGCGCCAGUCGGUGCCUGCCUGUGCCCGUCAGCGCCAGUCGGUGCCUGCCUGUGCCUGUCAGUGCCAGUCGGUGCCUGCCUGUCUCUGAAGCACUUGAGGUUAAGGACCUUAUUCAGGAGCCCAACAAUGAAAUGACUCUACCAAUCCAAGGAUUUGACCCUGCAACCUCCAACCCAUUCAGCUACACAUCCUUACUUAAGUUUGAAGGCAGAUGAUCUUUGGGAGAUGAAUUUUUCCAGGAAAUGCAGAUCAUGAGGGCUGAUCUACGCAGGAAUCUACUGCACCAAUUUCACAACUGUGAGGAUGGAUGUCAAGCAUUUGUGGGAUAUUUUCCAUUACAAAAUUUUUUUUUCGUGUGCACUCCUAGUCGAGCGUCUCUUUCUCCUCUUCCUGUUCACAGCGUAACGUCUGCCGGCGAUUGGCCGGAUCGGUGAUUUCUGAGAGCUCAGGACAGGGUCUCUGUGAAGUGGCUCUCUGCAGAGACAUGCUGUUUUAUGUUAGAAUUAUUCCCGUGAAAAGUGAAUCUAAGCGAUGCUGUGUUGUUGCCCCACUGAAUGGAUAUUAAACAAUCGUCUUGGGGAUGAACGCUUCUCCAAACGCUUCUCCCGCCUGGCAGCACGUCACAGCAGCAGCCGCACACCGUGAGUCAUACCCACUUUUUUUUUUGCUCUUGCUCUAGUCGUGCGAGUCUGCAGUGUAAUAGCAGAAUGCAGUGUAAUAACUAAUAGGGACUAACUGCCCACCCCGCUCUGUACAUGCCUGCAGUGUAAUAGCUAAUAGGGACUAACUGCC